GUCACAGUCCACAGACUGUAUGACAACAAUAUUGUUCUCUCUAGUACAACUCUGUGGUAGAGCGACUAAAAUUGCGAAGUGUAAAUUUUUUGUUAAUCUUCGGUACGACUUUCCGUUUUUAUAAUAAUUUCUAAAAAUUUAGACUUGGUAAAAAUAUGGCGUCUUCACAAGGAAAACAUAUGCCCAAAGACACUCAAAUCAUUGUGUCGAUUAUGAAAGAUUUGGGUAUUGUUGAAUACGAUCAACAAGUCUUAAACCAUCUCUUGGAGUUUAACUACAGAUACACAACGCUACUGUUGGACGAUGCCAAGACAUUUUCAAACUUUGCGAAAAAGAAGAAUGUUGAUGCCGACGAUGUGAAAAUUGCAAUUCAAUUGGCUCAAGACGGAAUAUUCUGUCGACCUCCUCCACGCGAUGUGUUAAUGACAGCAAGUCGUGAUUUAAACAAAAUACCAUUACCUCCAGUAAGGCCUGCCAGUGGAUUGCGAAUUCCUCACGAUCGUUCAAAUUUCUUACAAACAAACUACAGGCUUAGGAAUGAUUUGUAUUCUGGAGGAAAUAUGCGUAAAGACACUAAAACAACAGCUGCAGAAAUGUUGGAGGCGUCUAGAAAAUUAGAAAUCGAAGAUAAUUCCUUCCAGCAAUCUAGUCAAAUGAUGAGCAAUUCAAUGGAGUUUGAUUUGCAAGAAAUGAUUGAAAAUCGUCAAAGCAGUCAAGAAAGCAUUGGAGAAAAUGAUAAAGAUGAACUUAUGGAGGCUCAGGCAUAUCAAAACCGUUCAUACUCUGAUAUUGCGCUCGAUGAUGCAGUCGAAAAACAACUUAGUGAUAUGUAAUUUAUCAGGGAUAACAUAAUAAAAAUAAAAAUACUAUAAAGUAGUAUCAUCACUCAUUUAUUCAAUAUUAUACUGUCCAUUUUUCUUUAGUCUAUAGUUAAAAGCCUAUUAAGAUAACGCUACACCCGUAUACAUUGUCUACGUCUUACAAAUGCACAACAUACCAAAAACUGUUUUGUGCGAGACUACUAUGCUCCCUCUUUAUUUAUACUAGAAUUACCAAAAUUCCACAACACAUAAGGAAAAACUUAAUGUAAGUCGUUGCGUUUUUGUUUUUUUUUAUAGCACUUACCAAUAGUUUUUAAUAAUUAAACAAAAAAAACUUAAUGUUCUCAAAAUAAUUACUUCAAUUAUAUUAAUAUUAUCCAAAUAAUAAAAACGCUACGACACAGAUAAAGUUCUUCCCUAUGCGUGUGGAAUUUUAAUAAUUCUACUAUAAAUACAGAGGGAGCAUAGUUGUUGUGAGCUACACAAUUUUUGGUAUGUUGUGCAUUUGUAAGACGUAUACAACGCAUGUGGGUAGCGUCCUCUUAACACAUUUACACAUUGACUGCCAUGUGACUGCCUGCUGUCCUCUGUAAUUCUCAAAUUGAAUUAUUUUGCGACCGCCGACACCUAUAGUUGAUCAUUACUACCACGUCACAUGACUGAUAGUCAUGAUGUAUGCAGUGGCAUCGUGGGAAUCAUUACAAUAUUAUGUUUGAUGUUAUAAACAUAUUGUUUUUUUUUUUAAAUAUUUUUUUAAAUACAAUAGUAUAUACAAUUUUCAAAUUUGGAAUGACAUGGAAAAAUAUGCUUACCAUACCAAUAAUAACCAUCAUGUGACCGCCGGCGGUCACAUGGUAGUCAACAUGUUACAACUAAUAACAACUAUCAUUUUAUUAUUUUUAAGUUGGGAUUUGAUGUAAUACAGGUGUUAUAAAAUUAUGAUGAUGAAUAAUUGUAUUAUACAAACUUAAUAGGUAUAUUAUUUUUUAUUAUCUAUAUUUUAUGAAUUGAGUAAGUACAUGAUAAAUAAUUAAAUUUAAUGUUAUAUACUAUAAGUUACUAUUUUUUUUUAUAGUUUUAAAAUUCUCAGCUUAAAGUACUUAAUACUAUGGUCAUUUUUAGUUCUUAUGUAUUUGUUAUACAUUUUAGUACUUUACUUUAUGUAAUAAUCACACAAUUAAUAAUUUUUAGUUAAGUUAAAUAUGUAAGACUUACCAUGGUUAUAUGGUUCUAUCUCAAAUAAUUUAUAAAUCUAUAGGAUAGUAUAAAAACAAAAAUCUGUUUAUUAUUUCAUGAUUUUAUCAGUCAACUUACUCAAUUAUUUUAUCAAUACAGUAAUUUUUUUUCUACUUAAAAUAUUACCACAAUUUAUCGUAGUUUUAUAACUAGUUAUCAAAAGUCACUCUAUAGGAACACCGGGGAAUUAUAUUCAAAGCCUCAACUCGUCCGGUCCACGUCAUCAAGACAAGAUAAGAUGCACAUCAGUCACCUGUGUAUAUUAUUCAUAUCCUGCAUUCCUAACUUUUACAACCAUAGGGGUGAUAAUAUGUGGAAAAAAUUUUAACAAGCACAAUUUGUUCAUUAAAAAUGUAAUGUAUUACAUAAUUUAUAUGUUAAAUACGGAAUCUGUAAAAAAUCCAAACAACUCCGUGAUUAAAUGUUCAUGUGAUCUCUAAA